AUGUGGGGGGAGAGCUCCCCCCACCCAGGGAGAGCAGCGGGCAGGGGUCAGCAGGCCAGAUUCCAUCUGUGUCUGCAGCGCCUCAAGGACUACCAGCGUCGUCUGGACCUGUCCCACCUGCGGCAGAGCAAUGACCCCAUGCUGAGUGAGUUCAAGAACCUGGAUAUCACCAAGAAGAAACUGGUGCAUGAAGGGCCCCUGACCUGGAGAGUGACCAAGGACAAGGCCGUGGAGGUGCACGUGCUUCUGCUGGACGACCUCCUGCUGCUGCUGCAGCGCCAGGACGAGAGGCUGCUGCUCAAGUCCCACAGCCGCACGCUGACCCCAACACCUGACGGCAAGACCAUGCUGCGGCCGGUGCUGCGCCUGACCUCGGCCAUGACCCGCGAGGUGGCCACUGGUGAGCUGGGGCUGGGGCUGGGCGGGCGGGGACCGGGUUGCU